AUGGUCGAUGCUAGUUCCCCCACCGCUCCCAAAUGCUCGCCAACCGAGACCGCACCAAGCACAUGGCCAUUGGUCGACGGAAUACCGCCCUCUGAUCUCAAUCAACUCGCCGGGCUACCCGCCAACGAGGCUCAAGCGUGGGCGCACAGUCGCAUCGACGAGUACCGUCAGCUUGUCGACAUCCUCAUCACAUUCCAUAACGCCAUGGCUCUCAUCCACCGCACCCUCCCUACCGAGCUUCUUGCCGAAAUAUUCAUCCAACGUGUGCUCGCUGACCACCCAAACGCGCUUGUCGUUGCUCACGUCUGCCGCAAAUGGCGGGCAGUCGCGCUCGACACCCCGUGCUUAUGGGCCGCC